AUGGAGCAAGAGACAAAUACUCGAGAGGAGGAGAAAGAGUUGAACUAUAAUGAACAACUAGAAAGAGAGAAGAAGAAAGAGUUGAACUAUAAUGAACAACUAGGAGAAGUAACGAUUAAAGAGAUAAAAGAUCAAUAUUCUAUUGAUAUUAGUAGUUUAACAACAUAUAAGCCAGAAUUUUUAAGUGAAGAAUUUGGAGACUUUAUAAAAUUGCUUACUAGGUGGAAUUUAUCAGAUACAUGCAGUAGUGAUAUAUUCAAAUUUGCAUGCAAGAUUUGCUGUAAUGACAAUUUAAUAAUAAGAUGGGUAACAUGUUUUGUAAAGCUUUUAAAAGUGUAUUCACCAUUAGGACUUCGACUGCCAAAACUUUAUAAUUGGUAUUAUCAUAUCAUCACAACAAUUAAAGAGCAUGAAGCAAUUAAUAGUUUUACAACUGAUACAUAUGAAUCAUUACAUAAGGAUGCUAUUGAAAAACCUUAUAGAGCCAGUAAUAAGUGUAAUGUAAUAGAUCAAAUGAUUAAAACAGUUGGCUCUAGAAUAUCUUCUACUAGCAUUAAACGAGUAUUUGAUUUAUGUGAAGGUUUAACUGACAUGAAAAAUACUAUAAUUAGAUGGCAUAGUUAUACUAAUAUUGCUUCUAGUAGAGAUUAUAUUAGAGUAAAAAGCAAGUAUUAUAAUGAACUAUCAUUUAGUAAUGUAUCAAUUAAUAUGAGUAACAAAGAAAUAGAAGACUAUAAUACUGUUGAAGAUACAUGUUUUAGCAAGAUCCUUAUAUUAAUUAACAUCGAAAUCAAAAAUUAUUUGUCUUUUGACCUUAACCUUGUAUAA